AUGGACGGUCUAUUGACAAAAUCCCAGGUCCUCGUGGCCUCGGGCGUCCUGCUCUUCGCCUACUGGGCCUACCGGACCUACCACGAUGUCAUUUGGCGCCGCACAAAACAGUUCGGGGGCUGGCCCCAGCUGCAGUCGUCGCUGGCCUGGGGACACGCGAUAAAGGUUAACGACCGUCGUCAACAGCUCCCCCCGAAAUGCCACAUCGACUACACGUUCCAGCGGAUUAGGGAAGAUCUGGGCAACCCGCCCGUCUUCCUGACCGACUUCCGCCCCUUCUCGUACUCCAUGAUCAACAUCUGCAGCGGUUUCGUGGCCGAGCAGCUCACGCGCUCGACCAAGACCAACCCGUACUCGACGCUAAAGUCCCCGACCAUGCGCGAGCUCACGGCGCUCGUGGGCCAACAGUCGAUCCUGCUGCACGAGGGCGAGGCCUGGAAAUCGCUGCGGCGCCACCUGAACCCGGGCUUCGCGCCCAAGCACCUCCUCACCCUUCUGCCCGUCAUCCUCGACAAGACGGAGCUGUUCCUGAACCUGCUCGACGAAAAGGCCCGGUCGGGCGAUAUGUUUGAGCUGCACCAGCUGACUGUGAACCUGACGUUCGACAUCAUCGGCGCCGUCGUAGCCGACGCCGACUUCUCGGCCCAGGAGCCCGACGUGAGCCGGCAGAGCCCGAUCCUGCGGCACUUCAAGGACCUGCUGUCCACCUUCAAGACCCCGCCCGGCCCGGGGCUCGUCAAGCUCAACGUGCCGCUGUUGGUGCGCCGCUGGUUCGCCAUGCGCCGGCUCGACCGCGCCAUCCACGCGCACGUGCGGGCCCGCUUCGACGCCAUGCGCAACGAGCUGGGCAAGCGGUCGGCGACAUCAUCCCGUAGCGUCCUCUCGCUUGGACUGGAAGGCGUGGCGGCGCGCGAGAGUCUGGACGACGCCUACGUCGGCAUGAUCUGCGACCAGCUCAAGACGUUCGCCUUUGCCGGCCACGACACCACCAGCGUGGCGCUGCAGUGGUGCGUGUACGAGGUCUCGCGGCGGCCCGCGGUGCUGGCGUCGCUGCGGGCCGAGCUCGACUCCGUCUUCGGGACCGCCGGCGGCGGCGCGGCCCACCCGGCGGCCGUGCGGGCGCGGCUGCUGGCGCCCGGCGGCGAGGAGGUCAUAUCGCGGCUGCCGUACAUGUCGGCCGUGGUCAAGGAGACGCUACGGCUAUACCCGCCCGCGUCUACGGCGCGCCAGCCCGCGCCCGGCACGCGGCUAACGCUACCCGACGGCACCCAGACGCCCCCGCUCGACGGCCUGCUCGUCUACGUCUGCCACUUCAUGAUCCAGCGCGACAGGGACGUGUACGGCGCCGACGCUGACGACUUUGUGCCCGAGCGCUGGCUGGGCAACACCAACACGCACGCCGACGAUGAGACUACUGACGAGAAGCAGCAGCAGCAGCAGCAGCAGGGCAACAAUAACAACAACAACGCCAUCCCGGCGUCGGCGUGGCGGCCGUUCGAGCGUGGGCCCCGCAAUUGCAUCGGCCAGGAGCUGGCCAACAUUGAGUUCCGCGUCAUCCUGGCCUGCACACUCGCGCGCUACGACUUUGAAAAGGUCGGGCUGGGCGAGGCCGCCAAGGACUCGGCGGGCAGGCCGGUGCUGAACGCCAAGGGGUGCUAUGAGAGCAAGUCUGAGCUGUUUAACGGCAUGGAGGUGACGGCGAAACCUGUAGAUGGGACUCAGAUGAGGGUCAGGCUCAGCGAAAGGGCGCGGUCCAAGGCUCACGGCAUAUGA